AUAACUCCGCAGGUUAGCAGUUCUAAAAAGUUAACUUCCCUGUGAAAAGCUGCUUGCGCUGAAAUCCAUUGGAAAUGGAGCACGCCCUCAGUAAACUACUAUUGUUAUUUGGGCUUGUCGAUUAUGCAUUCGGUCACGGCAUGAUGAUAGAGCCAGUGGGGCGACAAUCUCGUUGGCGGGUAGAUGACACGGCUCCUGUGAACACAAAUGAUAACGAAUUGUUCUGUGGUGGAAUCACUAACACUUGGCAAGUACAUAAUGGUAAAUGUGGAAUUUGCGGAGAUGACUUCGGUCUACCUACGCCAAGGCCUCAUGAAUUCGGAGGCGAAUAUGGAAGCGGAGACAUUGUUAGAGUUUACAAAGCGGGCACAGAUAUUCCAAUAACAGCGAACCUAACCGCCAAUCACAGAGGGUACUUUACCUUCGAUAUAUGCAAUAUGGACUACAGCGACGAAACCGAGGAGUGUUUCAUAAAAUUGAAAAUCGAAGACGGUAGCGAUAGGUUUUAUCUACCAUCACCUGAGUCAGGAACCUACCAUACCGCCGUCUUUAUUCCACGAUACAUAGUAUGCGACCAUUGCGUACUUCGGUGGCAAUAUACUGCAGGUAACAUGUGGGGACCAUGUGGCGAUGGAACAAGCGCUCUGGGUUGCGGACCUCAAGAAAUAUUCAGAUCCUGCGCAGACAUUCGAAUUGAAGAUGCAGGGCACAGAUACUUUGGAUUUCUGUAAGUAAUUGUUAAGUUUUCUAAAUAAAAAAACGUUAC